UGAGGCUUCCGUCUAUUUCCCAUCGUCAUCUGCGCCGCUGCUUGGCGACAGCGCGGUCUGGCGCCUCCAGUGGAGGAAGAGGCGGGGACUAAACUAGUACGGCCCGGUCCCUGCGAACCAGAGGCAAGGCCGGCGACCUCAGAGUACUGUGAGGGGCAAAAUUACCCUUUGGCUCUGAACUAAAGCUGUUUUUUUCAAUCUGCGCUGGUUCUGCGGGACUGCGACCCUGUGAGAUUGGCGUCUCCCACUUUUUUUUUUCCUUGUCCAAAAUGAAGCGAGGAAGUUUUUUCUACUCGUGAGAUCAAUCGCAAGUCAUUUUGCUAACACCGUGCUAAUGGUGGCAUGGAGAUGUGCCUGAUGGGACGUGGGGGCUCAGUUCGGGCUGAGCAGUGCUGGGCAGCUGUCCGUCGAAUUGAAAGGGGCCAUCCUCGAAUCCUGAGCUCACCCUGCAAAACUCCUUUGGAUGCUGAAGAUAAACUCCCUGGGCUCGCUAUUGUAAACAUCUCAGAUUCCUGCUUCCAGGCCAAGAGACUUGCUCAUCAGCAAUCACCAGAACUUGCCUUCACUAAAGCCCGUUCUUUAUUGUCUCGAGGCUCAAAGCUUGCCUCCAAAUUUCCAGGCAGGGCUCAGAAGAAUUUACCUGAGAAAAGUUUCAUCAACUAUCGUAAGAGAUCACCCAAAGAAAGUCACAAAAAGCUUUCAGUGUUGAAUUUGAAUGAGACACAACUUCCUUGCCCUGAAGAUGUUAGAAAUAUGGUUGUCAUCUGGAUCCCAGAAGAAUCAGAAAAGAAUGUGUGCUUACCUGAGAAGACAUCUUCACCUAGCCAAUAUGGGAAAAAGAAAAGAAAGGUAUUAGCAGGGAAAAUGGAGUCCUCUCUGGGUCCUCCUGAAAGACGACAGUUCACGGAGACAGGGUCAAGAAUCCCAGAGGGGGUUGUGCUUCCCUUCUCCCCAGUGGUACGUACACCUGAGCGGUUAAGUUCAGCAAUACCUGUCUGGGCCCACGACAACAUGCUACCUCAGGAUCUACUGAAAGAGCUUUUGCUACAUGGAGAGAAAAACAUGCCUUGUCCGGAGAUGAAAACACAAUUGGAUAGGAUGAAAAAGAGUCUUCCCCUGGAAAAGAACCGACCCGACAGUGCGAUUUCUUCUAAGAUGUUUCUAACUGUACAACGCCUCACCCUGCAAAGACCAGCGUUGCGAUAUCCAGAAUAUCUGAAGAAGAGAGAAGGUCACAGGAAGCAGUCACAAGAGGGGAAGGAGAAAACCCCUACCAAGGAGGCUGAAAUGAAAUCCAAGAGUGAUCAGAGGAUCCAGAGCACUCCACAUAAACAUUCAGCUGCCAUUGCUUGCAGUCCUCUCUGUGUAGGUCACGGAACUCUUUCUGGUCAGGAAAGUGACACGAAGCAGCAACAGCAGCAGAUAAGGAUUGAAGGAGCCAUCUUGAAACAGGUUUCCAUAGAGAGAUCAAGAAAGGACCACUCUGACACGUCCCUGAGUUUCUUGCCUGACAUGAGAAGUUCUAAAAUGUCUAUGAUGGAACUCCCUUGCGAGGUGGUAGAGACGGUAUUGGAAGCCCCAAAUGCCAACCAAGAGAAGAACCCCCAAAAACUUUCAGAAAGUGUGGCUAAAACAAACUGGAAACCUGACCUCAAACUACUGAGGAUUCUUCAGGCCGCUGAUGUUGAGGAGGAGAACCAACCCAGUGGGACAGAGAGUGAGGAUUCUUUGGACACAUAGACCGAAGGCGUCACCCAGGGCAGCCUUCACCAGAGCUGGAUGCUUGGCAUCCUGAGGACAAUGACGGUUGACAUAAGGCAGAAAAGAGAGUGCAGUGCUGUGCCCCCCAGGUCUCUCUAGGACCUAAUCUUAGCGAUUCUGCUCCUUUAUUCACUGUUUACCAGCCUCUAAAAUAGGUGAGGGAAAAAAAGCUCCACCCUUUCUCAGUUUGAGUGACCUCUCUUCCAUUAGGGUCAGAAUGAUUUUAAUGAUUAAACACAACCACUUCUCAAAUAAAAGAUACUCUGUA